GUAGGGUGAAAAGGAAGCUGAAAGGGAAAAUCAGGAGAGUCACUUUGCUCCAGAGUGCACGGAGUUUACUCAAAACCACAGUACUAGAAGCCCAGUUAGAUUGUAUACCCCAAAAGAGGAAAGGUACCACUAAGUCCAGCAAGAUGCCAGCAUGGCUAACGGGUACUGUCAAGGAAGCCAUAAAAGGGAAGAAGACUUCCUUCUGAAAUUGGAAGGCCUGUCCAAAUGAAGAGAACAGAAAGGAACACAAACUCUGGCAAAAUAAAAGCAAGACAACAAUAAGGGAGGCAAAAAGAGAGUUUGAGGGACAUUUAGCGAAAAGCAUCAAGGGGAAUAACAAAAACUUCUUUAAAUACAUCAGAAGCAGGAAACCUACCAGGGAGGCAGUUGGACCAUUAGACAAUGAGGGAGCGAAAGGGAUUAUUAAGGAGGAUAUGGAGGUUGCAGAGAAGCUAAAUGGGUUCUUUGCAUCCGUCUUCACAGCAGAGGAUACUGAGCAUAUGCCUGUUCCUGGACCAGGCUUUUCAGGGAUGGCGGCUAAAGAACUGAGCCAGCUAGAAGUGACGAGAGAUGAUGUUCUAAACUGUCUGGAAAAACUGAAAACUAACAAAUCACCAGGGCCGGAUGGCAUCUAUCCAAGAGUCCUCAAAGAACUCAAAUGUGCAAUUGUUGACCUCCUUGCUAAAAUAUAUAACUUAUCCCUGCAAUCAGGUUCUGUACCAGAGGACUGGAGAGUAGCAAAUGUAACACCGAUUUUCAAGAAGGGAUCCAGGGGUGAUCCGGGAAAUUACAGGCCGAUUAGCUUAACAUCAGUUCCAGGCAAAUUGAUGGAAAGCAUCCUCAAGGAUAAAAUUGUAAAGCACCUAGAAGAACAGGUCCUGCUGGGAGUGAACCAGCAUGGCUUCCGCAAAGAUUGAUAUGAAGUUAUACAUUAUGUCCUUUCUUGCACCCAAAGAUCUGAGUUAUUUGGGAAGCACUAGUCGCUACUGGAGGCAAACUGUCCAGGAUCCCUUGCUGUGGAGGUACUUUCUCAUUCGGGAUCUCCCUUCUUGGCAUUCUAUUGACUGGAAAUCGCUCCCAGAUGCAAAGAUAUUUAACAGAUCCUUUGCUGAGCUGCAUGAUAGUUCUCCAAGGGACUACAUGGAAGUAUAUAAGAAGUGCUGCUCCUGGCGUAGAAGAUGUCUGAACUCCAGCUGGCCCACUUACAGAGCCAUGACAUCCUUCUUACAGUCACUGAUCACACAAGCAGAGCCUCGCUUUGCCAUGUUUGGCCCGGGUUUGGAAGACUUGGAUGAAUCUUUGGUGCAUAACAUGAUGACUAGGCCAGAGAUUUUGCCACUUGCUGGCAUCCCUUCUAGACAAAUUCAUGGGAUUGGCUCGGGAGUCACAUUCUAUUUUACUAACCAACAGAAAUUCAAUAUUCUGACACUGUAUUCAAAGACCAGCAAGGAAAGACGCAGAGCCAGAGAAGACAACUCCAAUCUUGUCAACAAGAUAUUCUGCGAAGAUCAUGGUCCUGAUGGGACAACUCAAUACAAACUGAUUGAGCACGUUAAAAACAUGUGCAGUCAUGUUGAUGGGUUUAUUUAUGUUGCAGAUGCUGAAGCUCAUAAAAUGUUCUUUGCAGGACACAGACGUCAAACUGAAUAUGCUCAAAUGGCAGCAAUGCUUGAUCCUGCUCUUGGACCUCCAGACAGACCUCUGCUGAUCUUUUCUUGCAUUUCUUCUCCUGGGAUUGAACGGAUUCCUUGUGUUUACAUGGCACAUCAACUGCAGCUGGACCUGCUCAGUCAACCAUGGAUGAUUCAGGACACUGAUGCUGCUACACUAACUGGACUGUUGGAUGGAAUUGAAUGGCUACUGGAAGAAUGUGAACAUAAAAAAUAGCCAGUAAUCAGAAAUGCUUCAAGUGACAAUUAUUUUUGUUCUUAAAUGCCUGAUUUACAAGCAAAUGCUGCUCUCCUUAACUGGCCAUGGUUUGGCAAGAGACUCUUUCUUACUAACAAAAACAAAUUCUGUCCUAAUCAAAACUAUUUAGAAGGCAGAGAAGAGGGGUGUGAUUGUGGUAGUAUUAGGCUGUUCAGUACAUGUUAGAAUUUCCAGCUUUUGUGCAAUGCAGCUCUCCCAUCAGAACACUGCAGGUUCCACUGCUCAACUCAAGUUCAAGGUUAUGAGAAAUGGGUAAUGGUUAACUGUGUGUGUGUGUGUGUGUGUGUGUGUGUGUGUGUGUGUAAUGGGAGACAGAUAGAUGAGAGUUUGCUAAUAGUAGCUUACUGCAGUGGGCACACAUAACAGCAUAGGAAACUAGUAAUUGGGUGUCAUCCGCAAACAGAGCGGGUCAAGCCAAGGUCACCAAAGCCAAAGCUCAGGAGCCAAGAACCAGUCCAUUCAGAACAGGCAAGGUCAAGGUCAAACAAGGAGGGGUCAGAAGCCAGAAAUUCAAGAAGAGCAAGCAACAAGACAGAACACAUCCACAACAAAGUUGCUUCAGCAAACAGCAGAGGCAAACUGAAGCUGUAAAUACAGAGCCAGCAAUACAGUCCUGCCCAAGCCACAUCUUAAAGGGGCCAUGCUCUGUUUCCCAAGUGCUGGCUGCAGUGGAACUGGGUAACUGCUGGCGGGGAUAGUGGUGCCUCUGCUUCAUCUUCAGAGAACAAGGGAAAAGGAGUGUUGAGGGGGGGUCAACAGGUACAGGUGUUUCUGAUGGAGGUGAUGGCCCCUCAAACCUUACCUCAUCCUAUGGGUCUUCCGUCUCAGGCUCAGGGUUUGUGAGGACUUCUUCUCCUCAGUGUCAGGCUCGGGGUGAAUGGCCACUUCAUCCUGAGAUGCUUCAGGGGCACACUUGGGCUUCAUGCCAUGGGGAACUGGUCAUCUGCAUAUCCAUGUUAGGUGAGAGCUCCACCAAAGAAAGGAAGUAGUAGAAUUCUCCUUACCAAAGGCAGGCAUGUUACAGAUGACCAACUCCCUGGGGUGGUUGUUUAUAUGUUACCAUGAUAAGGGAAAGGGCCGUAGCUCAGUGGAAGAGCCUGUGCUCUGCAUGCAGAAGUUCUAGAUUCAGUCCAUGGCCUCUCGAUGCAAAUACACCUGUCUGAAACCCCAAAGAGCCUCUGCCAGUCAUUGUAUGCAGUAAUGCUAGAUGGACCAAUGGUCUUACUCAGUAUAUUGCAACUCGCUAUGUAAAAUUACUGGCUAACAUACCGCCAGUGCUCUGUCUGCCUUGCAAUGGGAUAUGUGCACAGUUGCAGAAGAGUGCUCCUGCACUAAAUGCAAUAAUUGCACAGACACAGUUGUGCAAUGGAUGGCCAGUAGAAAUCAUGGCCAUUCAUCAUACAUCAGCAUCUGCACUGUUCUUUGAUCUGAGAGGUGGCUCCUCUUUCCCCUGUUGGGAUUUAAAAGUUAAAGCAAAGAACUUGACAGAAUGUUGGGAAAUUGUAGGAUUUCCCACCCAAUCUGACCAACCCGACAGUUUGGGGGGAUCAUGUUGGCUCUCCCAACAAUUUUCCUGUCUGGUCCAGUCAGAUUGGAUUGGAUACAACCAUUCUCAGCAUGCACAGGCCUAGACUUGAACUUGGGCCUCUCCAGUCCUAGUUCCACGCUCUAACCACUGCAUCAUGCUGGCUUUCCAAGGGGAUAUAAACUCUGUUUGUUGUGAUUCCUGGCAACUUGUGCAUUGCCUUGAGUUUUUUUAAAUUGGUGGUAUAUAGAGGCAUUAAGUAAAUAUAAGUAUGAUGGGUGUGAAUGGGUCCCAUCAAGAUGUCUGCCUGCAGUUGUUAUUCACAGUUCACUGCCACAGUCAGUAUAUGACUGUGGUUUAAGUAUGUUGCUUAAACCCUUGAUGACCUGGGACCUACGUAGCUAGAGUUGGCCCACUAGUAUGGUGUGGUGAAGCAGCUGUCUCAGGUUGUGGGUUGGCAGAGGUGGAAGGAGGCGUGCUAUUCUUGCUAACCUCCAGCAACCACCUCCACACACCAUGCCCCCCCUCCUUAUGGGGUGGUGACAGUGCCAAUACUACAGGGCUGCUCAACUUCGGCCCUCCUGCAGAAGUUGGCCUACAACUCCCAUAAUACCUGACUAUUGGCCACUGUGGCUGGGGUUAUGGGAGUUAUAGUCCAAAAACAGCUGGUGGGGGCUAAGUUGAGCAGGCCUGCAAUACUACCCCGACUCCCUCAUUCUCAUCCCUUCCUACCUUUCAAACAACAGGGGACAACAAGAUUCCUGUGUUCUGGAGAUAAAAACACAAUAAAUCAGCCAAUAAAUACACAACCAGUGUUCCCUCUAACAAGGAUUCCCAGAUGUUGUUGUCUACAAUUCCCAGAAUCCCCAAGCAAAACCCAUUGCAGUUGGGGAUUCUGGGAUUUGUAGUCAACACCAUCUGGGAAUCCCCGUUAGAGGGAGCACUGUACACAACAUAUCCUUUCCCCUUGAUAACACAAAAUUGUUGAAGAUGCAGAGGGCAGUGAACAGAGUGGAAAGAAAUGAGGUGGGUUAUCUAGCCCACAAUCCACUCCUUCACUUUCCUCACUGUAGCAGAUUAAAGCCUUUGCCUCUCAGCAAGCUCAUAUGAGCAAAAGAAAUGCUGAAUCAUCCCUGCUGAGCUUCUAAAACUAUUCUGUAUUAUUGGUAAGUUCAAAAUGCUGCUGCCGCCACCCCCUCCCCCUUUUGUCUACAGAAAUUCUCUGGGUUUGGGGUGGGAUAAUCCAGGAAAAAAACCUUUCUUAGUUUGGCACUUGGACAAGUACAAAAAUUUUCCACGUGCAAGCCUACAUGUGGUGAGAAAACUGAUAGUUGCUGAACAUUUGAGGACAUGUUUGCACCAGAGAAAUCCCCCUUCGGGCCCCCUUUUCCUGAGUUAAAAACCAACUUGGAGAGGCUUGUAAAAAGAAAAGAACUAAAAAACCAGUUUUAUUCAAUUACUACAGACCUCUUACGUCUAAGGCUGUCUCAGCUUUUAGAUACAGUUAAGAAUACUUAGUGGGAUUACAAGAAUAGGUUGUCUUAAAAAAAACUCUUAAAUGUUUACAGAGGCUUUUGCAACACCCUAGGUUUAUUGAGUGUAGGCUAGUGUUUAUUUCAAUUACAUUGCAGGUAAACUAUAAUAGAGCAGUAUCAUGAAUAUUCAAGACACAAACACAAAGAAAUAUAAGUUUCUAAUGCACAAUCUAAACAACCUGUUCCUUAUGCUGAAUUCCCUUUUCCUUGAACUGAAGGAACUGAACUUCCUUGAACCCAGUUCCUGAGGAGAAUCAAGUUCCUGCAAUCCUUUCUGUUAAGGAUCUACAGAGUUAUUCCAUGAGAGAAACCUCCAUGCUGGCUUUGACCAUGAGGGAGCAAAACGCCAUUGCCCCUCACUAAGCCUUUCUGCACAUGCUUCUCUCCAACCAAGACUGCCCUUAUUGUUCCCAGAUUUCCCAGCAAUUGCUCUCCAGGUCCCACCCACCUGAUGUACUGAUUGGCUGCCCUGGAGUUCACCAGCGUGUCAGUCAAGACAAGGGUUCACUUCCUGUUAACUCUUUAGGGGGAGGGGAGGCUGAUCACUACACUCACUCUGCAUCCCCCACCCUCUGACUUUUCAAAAACCAGACAGUAAGAGUGGGGGAAGUUGGUGGAAGAGGUGCUGGAACAGCAGCAGGAGGGGAAGGAGGAGGAAGGCACUUCCCCAUCACUGUGGAAGAGUGCUGCACUACACACUGUGCUGAUGGGAUGUGGGGGAAAGAGUGGUGUGUGAUAUGUGUUGCCCACCACCAGAGAUGGGGAGCAGGCACCUUCUGCACCAUUUCAGGACUGAUUGGCUCUUGGGCUGGGCAUACACAUAACGUAGACACCUCUCCCUUUACCAUACCAACCCCUUGCCACCUCUUCACCUAAUCAGGCCCUGCUUCAGAUUCCAUCAGUGGGUGUAAACUGAAGGGGAUAGGGCCAUAGCUCAGUGAAUGAAAUUCUGUUUUGCAUGCAGAAGGUACCAGGUUCAAUCUCUGACAUCUCCAGGUAGGACUGGAAAGACUCCUGGCUGAACCCUGGAAAGUUGCUGCUGGCCAGAGUAGACAAUUCUGAGCUAGAUGGAACAGUUGUCUGACUCAGUGUCAUAUAGCUCCCUGUGUGCCUAUGUAAGAGCUACUGCUAGAAGCAGGGACUUUGCAGUGAUAGCCCCCGGGGCUUGGAAUAUUAGCCCAGUAGAGCUGGGGUAAUGUUUUUCUUUGCUUUCUUUUAGGAAAGAUGAUAAAACUCUUUAAAUGUAUGAAUUCCUUGAUAUGUAUGUUACUGAUUGUAUGUGAAUGUUUUCUUUUGUACAUUGUAUGCCAUUUUGACUUUUUUUGUCAAAAAGGAAGAGCAUCAUUUUAAGCACUGUAAAUAAAAUUUCAUUUGGAGCUCUGA